GGCUAAGCUAACACAGCUAAUGGAGCUGUAUCCUUGGUCGUGUAUUCUCAUGUAAACAUGUAGCCGCUGUUUGGCCGCUUUGCUAUUGGAGGGUGUUGGAUAGGUGUUUUGCUGUUUGUCAGUGCUCCGAAUAACGAUGGCCUUGUUGCGGACAGUUGCGGUUUGUGAACUGGGGCAUUGCAGUCUGGUAACUAGCUGGCCGUCUGUGUUUGUAUGAGCCGGCCUCUGCUAAUUAGACAGCCAGCUAGCUUCAGCUCGGCAGCUUAGCCAAACAAAGAAGGAUGGACAGAAAUCAUAUCUAACAUGGACACACCGACAACUGCAGAGGAAAUGAAGAAACCCAGGAGUGUUGGCGCUUCGUCGCCAGUCAAUGGAAAGCAAGACUGGGACAGCAAGAAAAGGAGGAAAAUUGCAGACAUCACACAGGCCCUCAGUGUGAGCCCGGUGGACGUAGCAGCUCUGAGAAGGAUGGCUAUCAGUGAGGGGGGGUUGCUGACUGAUGAAAUACGCUGUCAGGUUUGGCCCAAGCUCCUCAACGUCCCCCAGAAUGUAUUGGAUCAAGAUCCAGAAAUAGUGGAGCGAGAAAAUAACAAGGACUACAACCAGGUGUUACUGGAUGUUCAGCGUUCAUUGCGGCGGUUCCCACCUGGCAUGCCAGACGAGCAGAGAGAGGGUCUUCAGGAAGAGCUGAUUGACAUUAUCCUGAGAGUCCUGGUCCGUAACCCUCAGCUGCACUACUACCAAGGAUACCAUGACAUAGUGGUCACCUUUUUAUUAGUCCUGGGAGAGCGCCUUGCCACUGCUCUGGUGGAGAAACUCUCCACUCAUCACCUCAGGGACUUCAUGGAUCCCACCAUGGACAACACAAAACACAUUCUUAACUAUCUGAUGCCCAUCAUUGAAAAGGUCAACCCCGAAGUGCACGACUUCAUGCAGCAGGCUGAGGUGGGGACAGUCUUCGCUCUCAGCUGGCUCAUCACCUGGUUCGGCCACGUCCUGUCAGACUUCCGUCACGUUGUGCGGUUGUAUGACUUCUUCUUGGCGUGCCACCCACUGAUGCCUAUCUACUUUGCUGCUGUGAUUGUGCUGUACAGAGAGGAGGAGGUGUUGGAGUGUGAAUGCGACAUGGCCAUGGUUCACCACCUGCUGUCGCAGAUUCCACAGGACCUGCCGUACGAGAUGCUCAUCAGCCGGGCGGGAGACCUCUUUGUCCAGUUCCCUCCCUCUGAACUGGCCAGAGAGGCCGCGUCUCACGAAAGCACGGCAGCCUCGACCUUUAAGGACUUCGACCUUGCAUCGACUCAACAGCGACCGGACUCGGUUCUGCGCCGCAGACGCAGGCAGAAGCAGGCCGCCAUGGAGAGCUCGGCAGCGAACUCGGUCGUCGCCGUGGCGCGGCCUUCAGCGGCACGGCGGUUCGUCCGCUUGGCGGUCAUGGGUCUGACUGUGGCUUUGGGCGCGGCGGCGCUCGCGGUGGUCAACACCGCGCUGGAGUGGGCGCCCAAACUCGACCUCUUUCCAUGAACUGCUCGACUUCGACUCUUACACUCCCGCUUCAGCUGUCCAUGACCGAAUCCCGCCGACGGGUCUGUUUACAGGAUCCCUUUAAUUAAAGCGUACACCACAGGGUCUGGAACACUGUCAGCAACGCGCACUCUAAACUCAACCUGUUAACGCGUCUCUCUUCAAAACAUCCUGCUCUCCUCUAAGACCCCUCCAGUGGGCCUUUUUAUGAUUCCUUAAGAGUGUGAGCUGCUGAAGUUCUUGUUAUAAUUAGACUAUUUCUAAAGACUUUGUCCAGUUGUGUCAUCAUUAAAGUUUAUUUAUAUCCUGGACUAGGAGAAUCCGAUGUGCAGUUAUGCUGAACGCUUGGUGGACACACUUCCUUUGAAACUGCUGCCAACUUAGAGAGAGUGUGUGUGUGUGAGAGUUUAUUUGUUUGCUAUUUGAUACCUGGACAGAGACCAAAAUGAGGAUUCGUAGAGUCCUCUCUGUAAUUUUUUUGUUGUUAUUUUAAGGGAUGUAAGUGACUGUAUAGCAGCGUGACACACAGGCACUUUUAGGGUCAUGACGUUAUUUCAUUGUUUUUAGGUUGUUCUGUAUUUUAAUGUUUGAAGUUGUCUUCACGCAGGAAAAAAAAAAGGAUGUUCCUUUUUAGGAGGGAGUACAAAACCAUAAAAACACGAUUUAUUUUGGACUCAUGGCUUGAGUCAGCUAAGCUUCUGUACCUAUACAGAUAAAUUGUAGUUGGUGUUGAAAAAUUAAAUGUAUUGUAGCUUACAUGAAGCAGAAUUUCCUUAUAUGUAAAUUUAAAAAAAGAGGCUGAGACAGUCAAGCUUUCACUGUUCAGAAAGACAAACUGGUUUCAAAAUGUUUUCUAGACAAAUAGUUCAGCUUAACCUUGAAAAAUGUGUGAAGUGAUUUCCACAUCACUUUCAGUGGAGCAGAUGGAGUCUCUGAAUAUAGCCAACCACACACUUCAUUUCAAGGGAACGUUAAAUACUAUUGGGAUAAUUAAAAGUGGAAUAGAUAAUCUUUGAAUUGACAGUGAGGGACUGUUUGCACUGGAAAUAUCACCAUAAAACGAUCAGCAUUUCUUUGAUCGGUGCUUCGUUUAAUCCCACUGCAAAGGUGCUUCUGUCAGACCCGAACCUUCACGUUAAUGCUGUGUAAGAUCUUUAACAUAACUUCAGCUUGAUUUCAACUCCACCGUCACUUUGCUGUACAUCUAUAUUCGAGUGGUCCAGCCCAUUUGAUGUAUUUAGGUAAUUUUAUUCAGUCUUAUGGAUGGAUCCUUUGAAAACAUAAUCCUGCACUCGACUGUAAUGUUUAUAUUUAUUUUGCUUAACAUAAAUCUUCAUUAUUGAGCGCAAACACAUAGUCACCUCCUGAAGAUAAAACUUCUUAAGUCAGUUGAAGUCAUCGAUUUGAUGUUGGAAAAUGCUGUUUUUGCUUCUUUUUUUUUUUUCUAAAUGAAUAUUUUUGUAUCCUCAGAAGUGAGUAUACUGCGUCACCGUUUGUGGGCCUGCUGAUCUCAGACUGAGAACUUAAGACAUGAAGGAGGGUCAGUGGGGUCUGACUGAAGGUGAGCUGGCACAUAUUCAAGGACGCUCUUCAGAGCAUAGAUGUUGAACAGUAUUCUAAUGUACCGCGCAUCUGCACUCACCGUUACUCAUUCAUUUUAAUUGCACUAAAUUCUUUCUUUGCCUUUUAAGUUUAUUUUUGUUAUAACAAAAACCGUCAUACUGAUGUAAAGUUGUAAAAGAGAAUGCUAAUAAACUAGAGUGAAUAUGUUUAAGA